CCCCUUAAUUCUCAUGUCAGCCUCAAAAAUUAGAGGGAAGAGUUUCUGUGCAAUACAUUUUGGAGGAGGAGGAAUCACCAUCAGAUUCUCUGCAGCCAUUCAAAAAAUUGGUGGCCAUUAAAAGAUUCUCUCUUUAGAUUCUUUCGUUGUUGCUUCACUCAUUGGCUUGUCUUUCCAUUUGUUUCUUCAAAGAUGUCUCAACCGUAAGCUCUUCUUGGCGGCCAGCGAGGUGACUGUUCUUGAACCUCCUCUGUUAGGAAGACAGCAGUAUAAUGGUUCAAUCAUGGCCAUGGUAACAGUUACGGGAAGGAUUAACAACUACACCCCAUACUUAGAGCACUGCUCUCCCCGAGAGACCUAUCUACCCAAAUUUAGGUAUUACAACCCAUCAAACAAGACGGUGGUUUCUCCCAUCUCGAUAAGGAAUCGUUCUGAAGAUUUAAGCACCUCUUUUUCGAGCAGCAGCUGGCACCGACUUGGAGCACACCAUGUUGCUUCAAAGAAAUGGCUGUGCCGGUUGCAUGAUCCCGUGUCACCAGAUGACGAGUACCGUUCAUCUCGCAACAUAGCGAUCAGUCUUUUCAAGCGAUACAGAAAUGCCGUUGAGCGUGGAGGAGGUGACAACUUGAAAGAGUUCAUCAGUGCGGGGGUGAAUGCAUAUGCGCUUGGGUGCACUGAUGAAGGACUAAGAGAUGAACUCACUGACAUGAAGGAAUCAGGUGUCGAAAUCGAAGCCAUGCAGGUUUUCAGUGGAAACACCAGCUUGAAGUCUAAGAUCGUAUUGGAGGAGAUUGACGAGUGCAUUUUGUGGGUGAGCAUUACAUUCAUCACAAUCUUGUGUACGCCACAACCGACUGUUGUUAGAUGGUCAUCUUCACCCCCAGUAUCGGAUGAAAUACUUCUUCAAUGGAAAGGUUUUUGUGCCCUCAUAGCAAACGCAUACUAUAUAAGAGGGAUGGCAUGGCUUCCUGUGAAGACUCUUCAGCUGGAGCAAAUGGCAGUGAUGGGCCAUGCAGAGGAGCCAUCAGUAGUUGCUAGCCGAAUGAGAUUGGUGUUCAGCACUCUUGAGGUAGUGAGUCCACAGUGGCCAAGAGUCUAGUCCAAUGCCUUCUCAGUCAAGCCAAGACAUAUACCAAUUUUUCGGUAUGUAAAAAUUCUCCUUUGUAUGUAAAUGAAUGUUGCUUGCUGCAUAAUGUCUUGCGACUUCAAAGAAUUUUAACGAUGAAGUGCUUCACGAACUUCAAUAUUGCUGUAUAUAUAUGCAUACAGAAAUGUGAAAGUCGGAAGCCUGGGUGUCCAUCUGUAAUUAUAUGGUAAAAACUGCAUUCUGUGAACAAGAAAUAAAACCGAUGCUCAGAAGUUUUAUGUAAA